AUGACGGAUUCAAUCGUUACUUUAGAAGGUCUUAGUGAAUAUGAUGAUGUAGAAGUAGAAGGCGAGGACAAAGAUCACCAACAAGAUGCUUCUACCACAUUAUCUGGAAACUUUGCAAUUGGUGAUGUAUCAUUAUCAAACUUAAAAACAAAUUCAGGGUAUCUUUAUAAAUAUGUAGUAUAUACAUUAAUGAAUUAUAAAUUAACUAUUUCAUAA